AUGUUAGCUUUGAGCCACUACAACUCCUCAGCCUCCCCGCUGCUCCCUCGUUUCUCCAAUGACACCGGAGGGAAGGUGGAGGCCAGGGUGACUGUUGAAGGGCUGGCGCAGCAGGGAAACCACACCUUGGUGCAGCCGACCACCAGCGGCGUCAUUGUGGUCGCACUGUCCAUGACGCUGGGCAUCAUCUCCAACAUCGUGGCUCUCUUAAUCCUGGCCAAUGCCUACUCUCUCCAGCGCCGGCGCACCAAAGCCACAUUCCUUCUGUUUGCCAGUUCACUGGUGGUCACAGACUUCAUUGGCCAUGUGAUCCCUGGUGCCCUGGUUCUCCGACUCUACCUCUCUGGAGGUGUGCACCCCGAGGACUUCAACGACUCUGAUACGAUGUGUCAGUUCCUGGGUGGCAGCAUGGUGUUCUUUGGCCUGUGCCCACUCUUCAUGGGCUGCGCCAUGGCGGCUGAGCGCUGCCUGGGUGUCACCAGGCCGCUGCUGCACUCAUCCCUGGUCACCAAAACCCGCACAAAGAUCUGCCUGUCCGUCAUCUGGCUGGCAGCUCUGUCCGUGGCCCUGCUGCCGUGCUUUCAGCUGGGCUCUUACACCUACCAGGUCCCAGGGACUUGGUGUUUCAUUAAAGUGCUCAGUGACACUCAGGAGGUGGAUGUGGCGUUUGUGGUGCUGUUCUCUGGACUCGGCCUGACCUCGCUGGCCGUGGCCCUGGUGUGUAACACCAUCAGUGGACUGACGCUGGUGCUGGCUCGGCUAAGGAGGCAGCCCGGCUCCCAUCACUCGGCCAAGUCCCAUGACAUAGAGAUGGUGGUGCAGCUGGUCGGCAUCAUGAUCACCUCAUGUAUCUGCUGGAGCCCUCUGCUGAUCUUUGGCCUGAUGUCGGUGAUCCACUCCUACAAAGGAUCCAUUGGAGAGGACUUGUCCAGCUACAAAACCCUGAUGGUGAUGGGCGUGAGGCUGGCCACGUGGAACCAGAUCCUCGACCCCUGGGUCUACAUACUGCUGCGCCGCACCGUCCUCCGCAAAAUCUACCUCAUCGCUAAGUGCCAGGCGGGAAUGAGGGGUAACAUUAUAGGCCGCUGGGAUCCCACCUCUUUCCCCAGCUCAGAGAAAAAUGUCAACCAGGUUUGAGCUGAGAGAAAGACUGAUAACGUAUUUAGAGGAUGCACUUUGUAACCAGGUCAUUGAACAUUCGAAGGACUCAACUAACAAAGACAUUUGGGAUGAGAGACCAACAUGGAAGCAUGUUGAAGGAAAUAAACAGUGGCUGCGAUGGUGGAGUUGAUCAGAUUAGCAGUUUGACUUUUCUCCACUGGUCUACUUUGGAAAUGAUUCUUGGAUUAAAUCAGAAUAUCUCUUUCAUGCUCUUCUUUUAUAAAAGUUUACCAGUGAGUUCCUUGUCCGACCUUUCAAAU